UAUCUAUUCAAAAGAACUAACUUUUUUUUGUCAAUUUUUUUCGAUUGUUCCUUUUGUUUCAAUUUAUUUGAUUUCAGUUCUGAUUUUAAUUAUUUCCUGUCUUCUACUGCUUUUGGUAUUGAUUUGUUUUUCCUUUUCUAGGGCUUUGAGAUGUAAUGUUAGGUCAUUUAUUUGUUGAUUUUUUUUCUUCUCCACGCAAUGAACUUUCCUCUUAGUCUUGCCUUCAUAGUGUCCCAGAGAUUUUGUUAUGCUGUUAUCAGUGUUCUCAUUUACCUCUAAGAAUUUUUUAAUCUCUUCUUUGAUGUCUUUUGCAACCUGUUGUUCAUUCAGUAGCAUAUAAUUUAGUCUCCAGGUGUUUGAGUAGCUUCUAUUUUUUAUUUUUUCAUUGAUUUCUAAUUUCAUUCCAUUAUGAUCUGAUAGAAUGCAGCGUAGUAUCUCUACUUUUUGUAUUUGCUAAGAGUUGCUUUGUGGCAAAAUAUAUGGUGAAUUUUAGAGAAGUAUCCAUGUGCUGCUGAAAAGAAAGUGUAUUCAAUAAUUUAUGGAUGAAAUAUUCUAUAUAUGUCUGUUAAGUCUAAGUUAUUGAUUGGAUUGUUGGGUUCUAUAGUUUCUUUGUUUAGCUUUUGUUUGGAAGAUCUAUUCAGUGAUGAAAGAGGUGUGUUAAAGUCACCCAGAAUUAUUGUGUUGUGGUCUAGUUGACUCUUGAACUUGAGAAGAGUUUGUUUGAUGAAUGUAGAUUCUCCAUUGUUUGGACAUAUAUAUUUAUAAUUGUUUUAUUUUGUUGAUGUAUGGUUCCCUUAAGCAGUAUCCCUUUUGAUUAACUUUGUCUUGAAUUCUACUUUAUUUGAUAUGAGGAUGAAAAAGAAACACCUGCUUGCUUCUACAGUCCAUGUGAGUGAUAUGUUUUCUUCCAACCUUACAUCUUCAGUCUGUGAAUGUCUUUUCCCUUGAUGAGUCUCUUGAAGGCAGCAUAUUGUUGGUACUUUUUAAAAUCCAAUCUCCUAGUCUAUGCCUUUUGAUUGGUGAGUUUAGGCCAUUAACAUUCAGGGUUAUUAUUAUUGAGACAUAAUUUGUAUUCCCAGUCAUAUUUGUUUACUUUUGGUAUUUAACUUGACUUGGUUUCUUCUUUGAUUAGUAUUUCCUUUAGUGUAAUACCUCCCUUUGCUGAUUUUCAUUGUUGUUUUUGUUUCUUCCUCAUGGAAUAUUUUGCUGAGGAUGUUCUGUAGUGCAGGCUAUCUAGUUGUAAAUUCUUUUAACUUUUGUUUAUCAUGAAAGGUUUUAAUUUCAUCAGCAAAUCUAAAGCUUAAUUUUGCUGGAUAUAGAUUUUUUGUUGGCAUGCAUUUUCUUUCAGAGCUUGAUAUAUGUUGUUCCAUGAUCUCCUGGCUUUGAGGGUCUGGGUUGAAAAAUCUGCUGAGAUACGUAUUGGUCUCCCUCUAUAAGUGAUCUGACUCCUCUCUCUUGCAGCUUUUAAGAUUCUCUCCUUAUUCUGUAUGCUAGGCAUUUUCAUUAUAAUGUGCCUUGUUUUGGAUCUGUUGUGAUUUUUACAUUUGGUGUCCUGUAAGCCUCUCGUAUUUGAUUUUCCAAUUCAUUCUUCAUGUUUGAAAAAUUUUCUGAUAUUAUUUCAUUGAAUAGAUUGUUCAUUCCUUUAGUUUGGAACUUUAUGCCUUCCUCUAUCUCAAUAAUUCUUAAAUUUGGUCUUUUUUAUGUUAUCCCAUAAUUCUUGAAUAUUCUGCUCAUGGUUUCUUACCAUCUUCACUGUGUGGUUAACAUUCUUUUCAAGAUUAUAUAUUUUGUCUUCAUUGUUUGAGGUCCUGUCUUCCAAGUGAUUUAAUUUGUUGGUGAUGCUUUCUAUUGAACUUUUAAUUUGGUUUAUUGUUUCUUUCAUUUAAAGGAUUUCUGUUUGUUUUUUUUAGAACCUCUAUCUCCUUAUUGAAGUAAUCUUUUGCUUCCUGUAUUUGCUUAUGUAGCUCUCUAUUGAAAUGAUCUUUUGCAGCCUGUAUUUGCUCUCUUAUAUAAUCCUUUAAUUUACAGAACAUUUUAAUUAUGUACAUCCUGAAAUCCUUCUCUGCCAUUUCUUCUAUUUUGCUGGUCAUGGAUUCUAAUAAUGUAUUAUCUUGGUUUGUUGGGGCACUUUUUUUUCCCCCUGUGGUGCUGAGGAUUGAACCCAGGGCCUUGUGAAUUCGAGGCAAGCACUCUACCAACUGAGCUGUAUCCCCAGCCCUGUUCCCUUGUUUUUGUUUUUGUUUUCAUGUUGUUUGUGUGUGUCUUCCCUUCUAACACUGCAGAUCUGAGGCAUUACAGUUUUUACCCCAUAGGCUAAUAGUGUCGGUACAGGUUUCCAAUACCUCUCCUUUAAGGGGGAGAACAAUGUGAACAAAUCCCAAUACAAACAAUAUACAACAUUAAACCAAAUAGCUGCUAUUAAGAUGUUUAUGGUUUUGUCACAAUAUACAGAAAUAGUACAUUCAAUUAUUAUCUACAAUAUAAACAGUAGGUUUGCAAAAGAGUCUACAGUUUCUGAUUAUGAACAAAGAAUUGGGUGAGGUGUAGGAUGAGAUAUUGAGGGUGUAGGAGGUGAGGAUAUAGAGUUUUUCUAUUUUAGAAAGCAUGGAAGAGGAAUAUAAAUAAGUUGGUCAGUGGCAGGAGAAGAGAGAAAAAGUGAUUUUGGGGAGACAAGUAAGUGGCAAGACAGUAGAGUACAAAAACCAAACAAACAUAUAUAUUAAGAAAAGUAAAAUAUGUAAAAAUAGGAGAUAAAAGACUAUACAACACCACUGUAAUAUACUAUUCAGACAUCCCAGUCCUUAGUAGCCUAAUUCAUGUAAAGCACUUGGUUUCACAAAUGUUGGGGAAUGUGAUGGCAGGAGAAGAGAGAGAAAAAAAAUCUCAAAGGAAGACACAAGUAUUGUUUUGGUUGGAGAUCAGUAUUUUUCCAGCUUUCCUUCUCAUCCAAUAGGUGGGGUUGUCUGUUGUUUGCUGCUAUCUCUAACCUCAGGAUGGUGACGGUUAUUAGGGUGGGAGGGUUGGUCCAAGGAUUUCUUUUGGGGCCUCUUCCUGUGAUGUGGGCACCUGCUCUUAUCUCCUUACAUCGCCUGUAGACCUCACAAUUCCUGGUCUCUAUUUUAGUCUCCAAACUGUAUCUCACUUACCCUCUCCCUCUCCACUUCCCAAUAAGGAACCUUUCUCUAGAGGUUUUAAGGGGUGCGCUCUGGGAGCUGUACACCUAUUGUGCAGAGCUGUUUUAUAUUGGGCAGCUCAGGACGCGAUUUUGCUACCCAGGUUUGUGACCCGGUUUUGUGAGCUACAGACUGGCCCUGUAGCCACAGGCACUGUGCCAGGUUAGUGGCUGCCAGGGAGAGGUGGGAUUUGGGGACUUUCCGUACUUUGAUAAUAACACCCUGCUGGUGUUCCAAGCUGGGAGUUGUCUAACUAAAGAUGGUGAGGAAGGUGUCUCAAGAUGGAGGUGGCUGCUUUAAGCAAUGGGGUGUAGGGGGUCACGUAGGGCUAGGCGGGCGGUGACGUUGAGCAGCCUGUACAGAGAAGCAGUUCUGUGGCGUUCAGUAUUGUGGCUGGCGGCUGUCUGUGUACCCAGUGCAGUGACCCCAGUUGCAGGUAGCCACGAGUAGGGGACUGUGCAGUAGUUGCAGUGUCCCAAGUUGGAGGGGACCAGAAGAGUCCCACAUGGGGAUCACACGGGAAUGGUGACCGGGUGUCCUGCGUGGGAUCAGUGAUUGGGAUUCCUGUGGGGGUGGGCAUCCAGGAGUCCUGUGCAGGUGCUAAUGCCGGGUGGUCUUACUUGGGUACCUGGAGGACCUGUGUAGGUGUGUGGCCUGGAGUCCUGUGCUGAUGCUGAGGCCUAGAGACCUGUGCAGCAUGGUGGCGGCAGUGUUUCCUGCACAGGAGCAGCUGUCGGGGUCCUCUAAUCACUCGAAGAGAAACAUUAUUCCCACUGCUUGAAUCCCAAGUCCAUGAGUGACACAGAAUGCAGCCUCCCUCUAGCCUGCCAUUUUACAUCCUUCAAAAGGAGUCCUUUAGCAAAAGGUAACCACAGAUCUUAAUAUGACUGAGGAGCAAUCUUCAGCCAUACCAUUCUGAAUGUACCUGAUCUCAUCUGACUGAAGAAAAACAGGUAACAAUCUUACAAGAAAGAAAAAAUAGUGUCAACCUGGUGGUGCAGGCCUGUAAUCCCAGCGGCUCAGGAGGCUGAGGCAGGAGGUUCGUGAGUUCAAAGCCACCCUUGGCAACUUAGUGAGGCAUUAAGCAACUCAGUGAGACCCUAAAUAAAACACAAAAGAAGGGUUGGGGAUGUGGCUCAGUGGUUAAGUGCCCCUGAGUUUAAUUCUCAUACCCCCGCCCCCCAAAAAAGUUGGGGGAAAAUAAUAGAUUGCUGCACUAAGAGACAGAAUUUCUUGGGCUUCCUGUACUCCUAUAUAUCUUUGUAGGUCUGCCAAGAACAGCCCUGACCAUUCUUUAUUUGGGCCACUUUUCAGAGAAAAGAAACCUUUAGGAAGGAGGGAAUGUUUUCCUCUAGGACUUGAAGAAGAUUAAGCCAAUUUGCUUACUAGCCAUAAAAGUGUUGGAUCACCUAAACUCACUGUUUUUUCUCUCAGGACCCUCUACAUUGCCCCUGUGGCCAAUAUGGAGCUAAGGAGGACCAACACACAACACAAAUAAUCAAUUGGUCAGGCUUCUUGCUGUGCCAUGAGUAGUAUAAACCUUCUGUUUUUGACCUAGGAAUUUUAUGUCUUCUGUUUAAGAGAUUGACCUAUUAAGUCCCAAGUUUUCAGUUCUGUGAAUAUUUCAAUGAAAUUGACAUAGGUGCAUUAAAAUAGGUUGGAAAUCCUAAUCUAGAACUUAUAUAUGCUUUAUUAUCAUUAAGAUAAAAAAUGUGGAUUGUCCUAUAAAUAGGACACUGGAACAAUAUAUAUAAACUAUCCUAUAAUAGGACAUUGGGCAAAUAUGAUUCCUUUCAUACAUUGCAUAAUAUAAAAAGAAGUGACUUUAAUGAUUAUUCAAUAAUUAAUUUUGGUGGAAAUGAGCAAAAAACUUCAAACAAAAGGUUACAUUUUUGAUAAGUUGUUGCCAGUUUUACAUGACAUGACUUGUUUUGACAUCAUUCUUGCUCUUGCUAUUUCAGAAUAUUAUAGCUUCUCAUGUCAAAUCAGAUGUCAUCUUAGCAGUAGUACGUCUAGGAGUAUUAACUUUUCUUUCUCCUGAUGGUUUUCAUUGCAUCAUUCCAGACUCUGAACAUAAUGAACUCAGAAUACGAAUGCUACAGCCACACAAAUUGGAGCUUUUCAAAAAGCUGUUGCAAAGAGGACCAGAACUUCCAACCAAAUUGUACUGAAGAUCAAGUUACUUCACACCCCCAGCAUCAUGAAGCCUCUUCUAUUUUACGACAACAUAAAUUUCUUAAUCUUAAAACAUAUCGUCCUUCUGCAACAUAUGAAGUCAGUUCAGCCACAGGAAGUAGAAAAUUAUCUCAUCCAUCAGAUACAUCUACUCAUUCAAUUCUCUAUGCAAGAAGACAAUCUUUAUCUGAUAGACUUAGAAAAAGCAAUCUUUCCCUUUAUCAGAGACAAAGUAGAGCUAACUUUGAUUCUCAAGAAGAUGAAGAUGAUUCAAAAUCUUCAGGCCAUUUUGGUGCCUUUAGAUACCGAAGACGUCUUUCUUCCCCUAAACUCAGUAUAGUUUCCUAUUAUAAUACUAACAUGUUUUUUGAUCCUCAACCAAGAAGUCGGGAGAAGUUUAACUCAAAUGAAAUUAAAAUCUUUUCUAGAAGACAAAGUCAUCCUGGUACAGAAAAACGUAUAAGCUUCUCUAAGCCUGAAUAUAGCUUUUUCAAUUUAGAAGCAAAAACUAUUUCUUCACCCCAUGGUAACACUGCUGACAGAGCCUCCCUUCAACAAGACAUGGCAUCUUUCUUUUCUCUUCCAACUAUUAAUUCCUCUGCCUCUAUAGCAAAUAAAUUUGCCAUUGCUGUUGAAGAAAGUGACCAUUUAAGUAAAGAGUCAAAAGACUCCCCUCAUUUCAAGUCUCACAGUCACAGCACCAGUCAUUCUCCAAGUAUGACUCAACAGUGUCUUUCUCAAACUUCCCCUAUCUUCCAUAAAGUUGGAUAUUCUUCAUCUUAUAAAAAUUCCAAUAGCUUUGCCCUAUCUCAAAGUGAAGUUACUUCAGGCCCCUUUGAAGAGGAAAACAUUUCUGUCUCCUCCCAAGAUGAAGACAAACCUUCGCCUAUUGAAAUUCAGAAGAUAAGGUAUAUUACAGCUAAUACUGACACAGAAGAACAAAGUUUUCCAGGCACUAAGGCAUUUAACACACAUGUAGAAGAAUUAAAGUUAGAUGCCCUUCUUCAGAAGGCAGAUCAUUUACGUAUGAAUGAGUCUGGCAAGACGGAGAGUUUUGAACUACUUUGUGACUACAAAGAAAAGUUUAAAGAUGAAGCAGAGUAUAUGUGGCGACUUGUUCGUGCUUAUGGAGACAUGAGUGAGUUGUCUACAAACACACAAGAAAAGAAACAUUAUGCUAAUAUUGGAAAAACUUUAGGUGAACGAGCUGUUGCUAGAGCGCCCAUGAAUGGAUACUGUCACCUGUGGUAUGCAGUUUUGUGUGGCCAGGUAUCUGAGUUUGAGGGCUUACAAAACAAAGUCAACUAUGGAUAUUGCUUCAAGGAACAUCUAGAUAUAGCAAUCACACUUUUACCUGAAGAACCCUUUGUGUAUUACCUCAAGGGAAGAUACUGUUACACUAUCUCAAAACUCAGCUGGAUUGAGAAAAAGAUGGCUGCUACUCUGUUUGGAAAAAUACCAUCUUCAAAUGUACAAGAAGCUUUGCACAACUUCCUUAAGGCUGAAGACCUACACCCUGGUUACUCUGUGCCCAAUUAUAUGUAUUUGGCCAAGUGUUAUAUAGAUCUUCAUGAAAAUCAGAAUGCUUGGAAGGUCUGUCAUUUGGCAUUAUUACUUCCUGUUGUUACCAAAGAGGACAGAGAGGCAAACACAGAGGUGAAAAAAGUAAUGACUUCUUUGAAGAGGUUGCUUGACUUUGAAGAAGCCAGAAAAACUACUGAGUGUCCUGAUUGAGGAUUUCUGCUACUGGGUCACUAAGGCCAAGCUAUAAUGAUAUUCUCCCUUCACUCACAGAGAAAGUACACAAACUGCUAACCUCUCAAGCAACUCCAUGGACAACUUGGGAAAGGGGGGUUCAGAUCCAGAACUUUAAACAUGUUCAGCUUCAGGAGAUAGGAAUCAACCUGUAUGCUACAAUUCCUCAUGAAACAUUUAAAGAGUAACUUAGUGUUCCACAAAAAUUUUAACGAUUGUAACGUCCAUAUAACUGCAUUGAUAGCUCUUACUUAACAAACAGCUUUCAUUAUAACAUAAAAAUCCCAUCUGUUGCCCCUAAAAAGUUGUCAAAAGGCUUUUCAUGUGAUAAUAUUUUUAUACUCUUGAAUUACAAAGAACAGUGGUAAAAACUGGAAGAGACCUUAAAUAUAAGCUCUUAUACCAAACUUCUUAUUUGCAUUGAUGCAUAAGUAGCACAGUGAGGGUCAGAGAAUUGUACUGGCCGAGCCAGGGCUGUGUCUAGGCCUUGCAAUCUUACAUCUUCUGCAUCCCUCUUUGAGCCAACACUCUUUACAUGCAACUGAUUGGAAUCCAAUGUGCCUGGCACAGAGCGGGGGCUCUCAGAAUGGUAACUUACAUGGUGACUACUUAUUCUAAAUGCUUUUUCUAUCUCAGCCCAUUUCAUCCUCAUAGCAGUCCUAUGAGGAAAGAACAUUCAGUUUUACUCCAUUACUCCCCUAUGCAGGGGAGCUAAAGUGAGCUUUUAAAUAACAUGCCUAAGACAGUGAGCAAAGGAUUUGAAAUUGAGCAGACAGCUCCAGAGUGCAUGUUGUAAUCUGGGCCACAGUGCAAUUCUGCCAGCCAGUGGGGGAAACUAUGGAUAGGGGAGGAAAUGAUAGAAAGUGGAAGGAGAGCAUAAGAAGAGGAAGGAAGAGAAAGGUAGGAAAGAGGAUUUUUUUUAAGUGGAGGGGAUCAUAAGGAAAGAAGGAAGAUAAAGAUAGGGAAAAAAGGAAAAGAAAAAUCUUAUAUUUAUUUUUUGGAUACUAGCAUGCAUUUUCUAGUUUCACAUCAUAAAUUUCCAAUACACAUAAUACUCUUACGUAUUUUCCUUAUAUUAAAUCUUUCUUAUAUGCCCCAGCGUCCCUUCCCAGAUAAGGAAAGAGAGGCACAAAAAAAAAAAAAAAAAGAGGGUGGAGAAGACUAAUUUUAAUAACAUGAUCUUACUUGGUCUGUUUAUGUUAGGAGAAUCUCAUUGUGGGCUCUAUAGUCAAUUGAUUGGGCAAUUAACAAAACUAGUUUAUUUCACAGUGAUAAAGUACAUUUUAGAGGCAAGUAAAGUUAGUAUCUUGAAGUUCUGUGAUUUUGGAGCUCCCGAACCUGUAUUUUUCUAUAGGAGCCUGAAGCCAAAUCAUUAAGGUUGAGUUUUUCAGGUUUUAUUGAGAUGUAAUUGAUAUAUAAAUAAUUGCACAUAUUUAAAGUGUAUAAUUUUGAUAAAUUCUGAUACCCACAAAAGCAUCACUAUGAUCAAGAUAAACAUUUCUAUCACUUCUUAAGCUUGUUCAUGCCCCUCUACAACUCCCUCCUGACCUUCUCUGUACCCCAUCCUCAAGCAACCACUGAUCCGCUGUCACUAGAGAUGUAUUUUUUAAAAUUUCAUAUUAAAAGAAUUAUGUAUCCUUU